AGCCUCCGGGCGGUGCUGUUGGAGGAGGAGGAGGAGGGUGGCGAUGGGGCUGCUCGGUGCUGCAUUGAGGAGCGCAGUGUGGGAGCUGAGCCUGGGGCGCAGAGCAGGGCCUGGCAUGAGCGGUCUGAAGGCGCUGGUGCGGAGAUUCUACGCGUUGCAGGAAGAGAGAGUGGAGGCUUACAGGCUGUUUGACGAGGGCCACCGGGCCUAUCUACAGUCUUCUCCCGACUAUGACUUUGUCCGUUACCGGCAGCUGGUGCACGAGAUCACGCAAGCGUUUAACGGGAUCUCGAAGGAGGUGAUCGAGCUGAAGAGCCGGCUUCACGAGGAGUGGGACCGCCCCGACCUCUCGGAGCACAUGGAGCGGAUCCAGGAGCGGGAACGGGAGAAGUUGGAGCUGACUGCCAGGCUGCAGCUCGCAAAACAGAGAGCGUUGGACCAUCCGGAGAAUGAGAGUUACCAGGAGGAAACCCAAGAACUGAAGCAGAGAGUCAACAAAACCAUUGAGGCCAUCAACGAAAUCCUCCAAGAUUUCAAGUACGACUCGGAGGAGAUGGAAGAAACGGGGGAGAGGGAGUGAGAGAGGCCGGAGGUGUCCCUGUGUGUCAGAAUCACUUCUCUCAUCCAGCCCGGAUGGUUUACCGAACCACAGGAGUGAGGUUUUGUAUGUGGGGGGGGGGUGGGGGUUGAAGGAGAAGGGAGGUUUGGGUUACACGUUGUCAAGGUUCCAACACACCCUGAGUACUCUCUGACUUGCCCUCACUGCAAUGAAUAACUCAUGAUGUUAUUCAGAACUAGGGAUCAAGGAGGUGAAAAACCAACCCUUUUUCAGAGGUCAAAAGGGGGAUGAGUGGGUGGGGUGGGUGAAUGGGUCCCGUUUUCGGGAUAGGUGUCCGGAAUAGUUUCUCUCUGUGUGAUAAACAUUUAAUUCCUCAAGGUGCCCAGAAUUCACCCUGACCUGUUCCUAUGUGGCUGGAAAUCCUCAAGAGAGCGAUCUCUAUUGGCACAUCAGUGUGAUUACCACAUUACCACACCAGGGUUGUACCUAUGGGCUCGCUGAGCAAAAUAGUCAUCCAAUUUGGAAUCAAAUUGAGUGCAGUGUUGUAUAUGUGCCCCCAAUGUUACCCCUGUAUAAAUGUAGUCAAUCGCUAUUUCCCCCCUAGAAUUACUGAUGUUGUUCUUGCUCCGGAUAAAUAAACAUUUUUUUUUAAUACCUU